AAGCGGCCACCCGGUGGGUGGCUGGCCACUGCGGCGCAGCCAUGGGAGCAGCGGUGGUCGGGAGCUGCUCUGUUUUAUGGUUGCUGUAUUUGUGAUUGGUGAACUUAUGAGUUACUCUAUGUAUGUGCGUCUUUUCUGUUGCGUUUCCAAAGUAGUGAUCCAAGGACAACAGUUGAGAUGCUAGUCUGGAGGAACUGUUGAGCAUCUCAGAACAGUUGCGCGAGGAAUGGGGAGCCAAGUUGUGAAGCUACUAAGCCUAAUGAAACGAUCGUACCGUGGUGUCUGCGAGCGAUGCAUUUCUUUGGUAAUAGAAUAGAUUGACGAAACGCUGGGCCUAGAUGACUAUGUCGAAACCACCAAACGACAAUUUGACCACAUACAAGCUUGUAGUCGUGGGAGACGGCGGCGUGGGGAAGUCUGCUCUGACGAUACAAUUCUUCCAGAAACUUUUCGUCACUGACUACGAUCCCACCAUCGAAGACUCCUACAUUCAACACACAGAAAUCGAUGGCCAGUGGUGUAUUCUCGAUGUGCUGGACACAGCUGGCCAAGAGGAGUUCAGUGCCAUGCGAGAGCAGUACAUGCGCAAGGGGGACGGCUUCCUGCUGGUGUACUCCGUCACGGACCGGCAGAGUUUCGACAACAUCAGCCACUUCCACACACAGAUCCUACGGGUCAAAGACCGGGAUUCUUACCCGAUGCUUCUCGUGGCCAACAAGGUGGACCUUGUGCACCUAAGGAAGGUCACAGAGGAGCAGGGUCGUGACCUUGCCAACCAGCUCAGGAUAAGCUACAUUGAGACAAGUGCCAAAGACCCGCCUAUCAACGUUGACGCAGCUUUCCACGAAGUAGUCAGAAUCAUCAGGAACCAACCUCCCCCCGAGGAUCAUAAACGGCGCAGGAGGUGGUGGAAAGGAUCUCGCUGCUCCAUCGUGUGAUGUUGGAAAACCUCCUUUUUUUAUUGGUAGCGACGAUAUUUGAAGGAAGAGGAAACAACCUGCAUGUUUCUAGCACGGCAGCAACAGCAAACAGGUUAUCUAUUUAUUCGAAUACAGGCGUACAGUAUAUCUGUCAUGUGACAUCUUAACUGUUUCACUCGUCACCACAAAAAUACCUCGCGCGGCAUCGGGUACGUCUUUUCUCUCAUACACCAAAUGAUCUGCUCCUUCUCUUACACGCUCUUUCCGAGCGUUUUAAAGAUGUGCCAAACAAAGACCUCGCAUUUUAUUCGACACUAUAGCGAAAAUUCUGGGGGACCACCUGAGUUCUCCUUUCAAGGAGCACUAAAACUGAGAUUAGUUCAUUUCGUCAAUCAGUGGGUGCGUUAAGUAGGCGCCCCGGGGCACGAGUGUUUCAGACUCCACUCACUUAAUCCGGCACUUAUGCAACCGGGAAUGUGGGACCCCGAGAUUUUUAUAACUGUUAUCAUACUUUUUUUUAUUAGUGGACCACUUCCAAACGGUUAUUCGUGGGAAAUGCGGCGCUUUAAAGUAGCGCAGAAAUCAUUUAUAACACCCUGUUUUCUUCCUAUAAAACUGUUAAGUAUGUCAGUAAGAUGCACCAUGCCAAGUAAUUCACACCACAGUCAUAAUUGUGUUGGUCACUGGCACCUGCUUGAGAAGUACAUGGGUAAUCUGUUGCAUUGGAACAUUUCACAUUAAUGCAGUUAAAUAAGUUGCUUUUAAAAAAAUGUGGUACUUAUACGAGACCCUGGACGGACAGCGUUGAAAAUGCACGCAUAGAAAAACUGGUCGCUCAUUUGCUUUUUGGUUAGCCAUUUCUCCUUUAUGGCAUUUUCUGUGAGAAGCAAUAGCACUGAGCAAAAAUAAGUUGUCAUUGACCAGAAAACAACUCUGAGAGUUUGUUUUAAUUCCACGUGGGAAGGUAUGUAUUUCCUUUGCACAUUUUGUCUGGCACGCACGUGGAAGGUUGUCGCCUUUUCCCCAGGGAGGGGGUCCGCUGUGGACAAGUGCCACGUGCAUGCUGGGAUUGGUCCACUGAACCCUAUGUUCGAGUCUGGAAUUGAGAUCUGCGCCUGAGGACAUUGUUCUUAAGCAGUCGAGGCUCCUUGUCCUUUCGUCUGUGUUCCAGCCUCAGAACAUGAAUUUGAUUCCUGUAGGACAACCAUCCUCUUGUGGAGCUGCUUUUGCAUCAUUUUCCAAUAUCCUAGUACGUAGAAGAGCAAUGUGCAAGUAUCCGGCACAACAGAAACGAGACAGUUGAGAACAUCUAAAUUUUAAUGAGACGAGACUUUCGUGUAGAAGGCUGCACUGCUUCGGGUCACCUGAAAGAGUGCAGCCUUCUGCACGAAAGUCUCAUUUCAUUUUCUUUCUCUUUCUUUCUGUUGUUUUCCAAUACUCUAAAACCCAUUCUUUUUGCGAGUAUUUGAUGCAGCAGUGAUUCCUUCCAAAAUAACCGACGUUACGGAAUUAAACCCAGAAUGACAUAAAAAUUUAGUCGAGGGACUUUAAUAGGGACCGUACAGCAAAGUUUCGGAGUGGAGAAAGAACGCGCUAAGCGGUCGUGUAGCUUCCGCAAACGAACACUCACGAAUGUGCAAGCUUUGUUUGCAAGAAUCGUCCACAUUUCGUUUGCUACCCUUAUCUGUUUUUCCCGAAUGGUAGUGAAGUUGGUAGUGAUGAAAAGGCGAUGCAGGGAGGGACCGGAGGGUUAAAAUCCUCCCACUUUGGCGCUGUCGCCACAGUGUUCGGCUAGCCACCUGGAGAACAUCACUGCACAUUUGAGAACCGAGCCCCAUCCCUUUGGACAUUCCUAGGAUGUGCAUCUUGUAUUCGAAUAAAUAUGCUCAUUUUCUACGCGGUCAGGUUUGUGUCUAGUAAGCCUAACUUUUUUUUUCUACCUGCAGUUAUUUUACUCUUUAUUAUUUGCUUUGUCAUUAGCAUAAAAAUCUAGUCAAACGUGGGUUGAUUUCCAACUCGGUGUUUAAUUCGUGAAGCAAACUUCCUUUCUCAAUUAUUUUUGCGUUCCUAAAAGAGGGUCUGCCAAAGCGAGGUUUUAAUGUUUGCUGUUGCAAGACGCCAACUUACGUGGCUACAGGGUCUGCUAGAUUCCUCUGCAUGUCCCCAAACUGCGAUACUUAGUUUUGUCACUUUUUUCGAGGCACGUGUAUUUGAUAAAAUUUCAUAACGUGUGUUACCAUUCCUUACUGUGUAGGGCUGUGGGAAACUAUUCAUAGAGUUAAAAAGAGGUAAAGUAAAUAUGGCCUCCAAAGAAAAACUUUACAGUCGUGCCUUUCGACAGUAAAACUCUACACAAUGUCUCGUUUGGAGCUUUGGGUGCGGAAAACCAUGUGACGCCUUGUUACUUUGUAAAGCAGUUAGGAAAAACCCAAUUUCUGAGCUACAGCUAUUACUAUGAACAAUUCCAAUGUGAAACAUAGCAUUCUUGGAAGUUCCUGCUAGCGGCAUAAAGAAGUCAGCGAGAAUUUUGGAGUGGUGUUACCCAUUGAAAUGUCUGUGGCUGAGAAAUUAAACGCUUCCUAGCAACCACAAAGACUAAAGCGGAAAAUGUGUCCGUGUGGCCAGGUUUGACCAUCGCAACUUUUAUUAAAGGGACGAUCUCACAGAGAUUCGCUUGAGAAAUUUUUUUCGCAAGAUGUGCAGGUAAACAGCAACGAAAGUUUUAUUGAGAAUAACCACCUAGUUUCUGGAGACAUUUCCAGUAACCUGCCGUAAUAGCAGAUGGUGGACGUUGAGUGCACAUUCACAGAAGGUCACGAUUGAUCUACUUCCCCCAUUUAAUUUUGAAUAUGAGCAGUUUGAAUGAAACUACAUGAAACUACAAUGAAAGCUACACAGUGCCAGUGUUCAUUUGUUUAUGCAAGCGAUGGUGGUGUUCCUCAUAAUUUCUCCCGCAUAAUUACAUUUAUUUAAGCUUACAUUUUUUAUGCGCCUUUCCCGCUACAGGAUUGCUGUCUGAGGUCGUGUUCUGCUCUAUUGUACAAUUUUUGUAACUUAUUUUUUCGUGGAUCUCGAGAGGAGCAGAAAUAAAUUGGCAGCUGAUUCUCUUAUGUACCAAUAUUGGAACAUGCAAGUUUUUAAAAUUUUUCCCACUGGGAAGCACACUCAAUCCUAAUAUGAAGGUUGCGGCUCCAUUUUUUUUAACAUUAUAGGAACGGUCUCUCGUGUUCCAAAAAAUGAAUAUUGCCAGUUUUCGGGUAUUUCAAUGAGUCCUCCAUUUUCCACAUUUGUGAAAAAGAAACUCGAUUUUUAUCCUAUAAAUUAUUGCCUAGCAGCCAGCUUUGUGAGGUCUGCACCUCGUAACAAUACCAAUUUUUUGUUUGAUGUUGGCACGGAGUACGUUUCAUUUUCAGAAGUUGGCCAUAUUGAGGGUUCAGAGAUUGGGGUGUGCUGGAAUGUUUGUUUUACUGCCAGCACCACUGUUUUGCAGUUACAACAUGUGUGUUUUCAGCCAUUGCAGAUUUAUUAGCGAGGGAAAGAAAUAAAAUAAAGCUGCCGUUUUAUAUAUAUA